UUUAUUGAAGACCAAGAAAUCAUGGAUGAACAAUACCGCGAGCUUUAUCAUCGGAACAAAAGGCUGGAAACGAAACUACAACAGCGCAUUGAUGAGUUGGACGACACAAGAAAAGAGCUCCAUGCGGUGCAUACCGCAUUUCAGGAUGCCCAUAGUCUCGCCACUCAACUCCAUGCUCAUUUAAGAGAGACGCGAGAAGUUGUUUACGAUCAGCAACUUGAUUUGGAGGAUUGGUGGGCAAAGGAGGAGUCGUUGUUGCAAAUUCUUGGUCAGAACAAGCAAUGCGUCAUAUCUACUCGCUCCAAGGUUAUGUCCGAGAUUACUGAAUGUUGCGCGGAGCUUUCAAAAUUCGUUUCCACAUGUGCUGACCAUCGCGAAGUCCUCAACAUAAAUAUUGGUAUCUGA